AUGAUAUUCCGGAUAGCGCCUCUCGCUGCGAUUCUCGCGUUUGCGCGAUGCGGAGCUGCUGAAGUCGCACCGGAAAUUACGACAGUUGCGGAGGGCUACAACGUGAUUGCCAAGAUCCCAUGUGUUGGGUGCCCUUUCCUAUACCAAGACACAUCAAAAGGCAACGAUGCGCCAUGGGCUCAAAGAAAAGACGAAAACGCUCUGCUUCUGAACGUCUCCCUUCCCUACGACUCAGCGCAUCUAAGCAUCAACAAUGCCCUACUUUUAGGAGACUCCAAGAUUCUACCGAAAGUGUACGUUAACCAAGUCUUGUUGGACACAUCGAAAGAUGAUCUCGACAAGCUCGUCGCAUCUGAUCAACUCGACAACCUUGGGGGCGCUUAUUUUGGCGCUUCAUACGCCUACUCCCUGCGCCACGUCAAAGACUCCAAUGCAUUGGUGUUGCACUUCGAUAUCAUGCAAUUGUGGACUGAUCUGACUUCUCCGGAGCUCACAAUCGUUAUGGACAGAAAAGAGCAGAAGAUCCUAGAACUCGUCCUUCUGCAGCGUCCCCUGCUGUCCGCCGGUGACCCAGCAAGCGCUUACGAGAUUAUCCGCGCUGCACUCAUCUCACGCUCACAGUCAAGCAUAAACGGCAAGCGCAUACAAAAAACGGCAAUGUGGUUCCAUGAUUGGGACGACAAUGGCAAGAAGGGUACAGCGACUCAUGUUGUCAACUCGGCUUCUGCGUCCUUUGUAACCUGGCUUACUUCCGGUAUCUGGUCUCUAUUCAUCUUUAUUCUCGCAGUCAUGGCGCUGUUCGUCGUCGUGUCACAACACGGCAAGCGCAGCAGUGGGAAGGGUGCUUGGGGCGGAAACGACAUUGAGGCCGUGCGGAGGUUCAUGACGCCUGAAGAGCUAGGACUCCGAGGCAGUGGGAGGGUUGUGGGGGUUGGGAAAAGCGAUUGA